GGCCGUGUUAUACCUUGUGACUUUAUUGGUGUUGAAAAGAGUCAGCAACCUGUGUACUUGAAAGGUGAACUGGUGAGUAACCACGAUGAGCUAAUGUCUAACUUUUUUGCACAGCCAGAUGCCCUUGCUUAUGGGAAGAACUCUGAGCAGUUGCUAACUGAAAAUGUUCCCCAGCAUCUCAUUUCUCACAAGACCUUCUCUGGCAAUCGACCUUCUUUCAGCCUUCUCCUGCCAUCAUUGGAUGCAUAUAGCAUUGGACAGUUGUUGGCAAUUUAUGAACACAGAGUUGCUGUGGAAGGCUUCAUAUGGGGUAUCAAUUCUUUUGACCAAUGGGGAGUCGAGUUAGGAAAGUCACUGGCUUCCCAAGUCAGAAAGCAGCUUAAUGCAUCACGCAAGAAAGGAGAACCAGUUGAGGGCUUCAAUUUUAGCACUACAAAAAUGUUAACGAGAUAUCUAGAGGCAAGUGCAGGUGUUCCUUCAGAUCCUUCCACUGUUCUGCCAAAGAUGUAA